AUGGUCCUCUCAAACAUCAAAAACCGGUCCUACUGCGCCUCGCCAAUGGUCCUCUCAUACCUCGCAAACGGUCCUACUGCGCCUCGCCAACGAUCCUACUGCGCCUCGCCAAUGGUCCUCUCAUACCUCGCAAACGGUCCUACUGCGCCUCGCCAACGAUCCUACUACGCCUCGCCAACGAUCCUACAGCGCCUCAGGUGGAGGUCCGCGUACUUCGAGAGGAAUCUGUCUACAAAUUUGGGAUUUGGGUGGGAGGUCCUUGCAGGAGGGACGUCUUGGAGAAUGGUUGUCGCAAUGCAGGAAACCCUGUCUGAAAGACCGUGGGAAGCUCUAAAAAGUGCUGCCAAGGGUGCCAACCCAAUGCCGAGAUUUAGGCGCGGGAAGCCGAGUGAAGUGUCCUUGCACGUAUCUGCGCGGCAGAUGGGACGACAUCGACGCCUAUAUGUGUAUUCCGUCUGUUGGCAUGUCGAGCUUCUGUUCCCUGGAAUAUUCUUAAUGGCGAUCUGACGCUUGCGAGAGGUCCUUCGUUCUACUCUGGAAUAAGCACUCUAGGCAUGUACAGCCUGGUGUAUU